AAAAAAAGAAAUCAGGUAAAUUAAAUUAAAUUCAAAACACAUUUUAUGCCGUUCCCUCUUGGACAAUGCUCCUUACAGCUGUCUUCAGCGUGGAGCUUGACACCUGCCACCACCUGCCAGCCAGCUUACAGCCCCGGAUUUGGCACCUGAGACACCUGCGCGCCAGACGCCUUCACAUGUGAAUGCUUGCGGCAAUCCCACGAGCCACGCCCACGGCUGCCCAUCUCGGUAAUCCUGGGGCCUCAUAGGAUUUAAGGCUUCGCUUGGCUCACCUCACCCACUGUUGUUCUGAACUCUCUUUUUAAACGCCUCCUUUCCCCUUCUCCCCAAUCCCUCUAUUCCCUCCUCAUCCCAUCAACCCUCCCAUCACAUAGCCCACCAUGUCCAAGACAUUUACUGUCAGCGACGUCGCUACGCACAACAAGCCCGACAACCUCUACAUCAUUGUCGACGGCGAUGUCUACGAUUUGACCCAGUUCCAGGAUGACCACCCUGGCGGCAAGAAGAUCCUCCAGCGUGUCGCUGGCAAGGACGCCUCCAAGCAGUUCUGGAAGUACCACAACGAGGGCAUCCUCAAGAAAUACCAGGCUAAGCUCCAGGUCGGCUCUCUCGACACAAAGCCUAAGCCUCCUCCCAAGGCUGAGCCUGUUGCUGAGCCUUCCCCCAAGACCGUUGCUGCCGCUCAGAAGGAGAUUUCCCACACUCACGAGGAGUCUGAGCCUCUCGAGGCCUUUGGUGAACAGAUCCCCUUUGGUGAUCCCUCUUGGUACCAGCACUACCACUCUCCUUACUACAACGAAACACACGCCGCUCUUCGUGCCGAGAUUCGCGAGUGGGUUGAGAACGAUAUCGAGCCAUACGUGACCGAAUGGGACGAGGCCAAGCGAGUUCCUGAGGAGAUCUACAAGGAGAUGGGCCGCCGAGGUUACUUGGCUGGUCUCCUUGGUGUCAAGUACCCCACCGAGUACGCCUCCGGUAUCAAGUCGGUUCCUACUGACAAGUGGGAUCUCUUCCACGAGAUGCUUCUCACUGAUGAGCUGUCUCGCACUGGCUCUGGUGGUUUCGUCUGGAACCUCAUCGGUGGCUUCGGCAUUGGCUGCCCUCCCGUCAUGAAGUUCGGUAGCCAGGCUCUCAAGGACCGCAUCAUGCCUGGUAUCCUGAGCGGUGACAAGCGCAUCUGCUUGGCCAUUACCGAGCCUGAUGCUGGUAGUGAUGUCGCCAACUUGACUUGCGAGGCCAAGCUUAGCGAGGAUGGCAAGCACUUCAUCGUCAACGGUGAGAAGAAGUGGAUCACCAACGGUAUCUGGUCCGACUACUUCACCACCGCUGUCCGCACUGGCGGCCCUGGCAUGAACGGUGUCAGCUUGCUGCUCAUUGAGCGUGGUGAGGGUGUCAGCACCCGCCGCAUGGACUGCCAGGGUGUCUGGUCCAGUGGUACCACCUACAUCACCUUUGAAGAUGUCAAGGUCCCUGUUGAGAACUUGCUCGGCAAGCAGAACCAGGGCUUCCGUGUCAUCAUGACCAACUUCAACCACGAGCGUAUUGGUAUCAUCAUCCAGUCCCUCCGCUUCGCCCGUGUCUGCUUCGAAGAGUCCGUCAAGUACGCCAACAAGCGCCGCACAUUCGGCAAGAAGCUUAUUGAGCACCCUGUUAUCCGCAUGAAGCUCGCCCACAUGGCCCGCCAAAUUGAGGCUUCUUACAACUGGCUCGAGAACCUGGUUUACCAGUGCGAGCAGAUGGGUGACACCGAGGCCAUGCUUCGUCUUGGUGGCCCUAUCGCCUCUCUCAAGGCUCAGGCUACCAUCACCUUCGAGUUCUGCGCCCGUGAGGCUUCCCAGAUCUUCGGUGGUCUCUCCUACUCUCGCGGCGGACAAGGUGGCAAGGUUGAGCGCUUGUACCGUGAUGUCCGUGCUUAUGCCAUUCCUGGCGGCAGUGAAGAAAUCAUGCUGGAUCUCUCCAUGAGACAGAGUUUGAGAGUUGCCAAGGCCAUGGGGAUGAAGCUGUAAUAAGUUUAAGUUGUUUUUGACGAGAUACCAUUGAAACAGAGAAAAUUGAGCUAGGAAGGGGCAUGUGGACAUAAGCAUUUACGAAAUUGGGCAUUCUAGAAAAGUUGUCAUUGUAUGAAUAAAACAGAAAAGAAUAUUAGAUUAUCAUACCAAAAUUACCUGAUAAAUACUUUAAAAUCAUUAACGUUCCAAUAUGGUCAACCCGUCUGUUGUUUGUCUGAGCUCUGAACAUGACUAGAGGCCGCAGCUCGGAGAUUGAACAAGAUUCUGGCGUUGCAUAGCAGAUAAAAUGGGCACUGUGAAUAUGGAAAUAAUUAUUUGACAUUAAUUUCAA